AUGGCGGCCAGUGUACCGUCGACAGCCCUGCCUGGCGCAAUUCUCGGGUCCACGUCACGAUUCAACGCCGGUGCUGGCACUCACAUCUACGAAGGCCAGGUAGUCUCCUCGCUCAUGGGCCACGUCGCUGUGGCAGAGCCCGUCAAGCCUGCAGGUCCGGCGAAGCGGCUGAACAAGAUCACAUCAAAGGACGCUGGGAACGACAAUGGCGCCUCCUUGGCUACCCUAUCGGUCACGCGCCACGGCCAGAAACGAGAGGUCUUGCCAGAUGUCGGCAACAUUGUGCUCGCCAAAGUCCUGCGGCUGAUGCCCCGGCAAGCCAUUGUGAUCAUCCAACAGGUCGGCAAUACGGUCCUGCAAACAGAGUGGCAGGGUGUCAUCCGCACGCAGGACGUGAGGGCUACCGAGAAGGACAAGGUCAAGAUAUACGAAUCGUUCAGACCGGGGGAUAUCGUCAAGGCACAGGUGAUCUCACUUGGUGACCAGGCCAACUAUUAUCUCUCCACAGCGUCUAACGAGCUUGGCGUCAUCAUGGCGACGAGUGACGCAGGCAAUGACAUGGUGCCCGUCAGCUGGAAAGAAUACAAGGAUCCCGAGACUGGCUCUACCGAGUUGCGCAAGGUUGCCAAGCCGAACUGA